ACAGUCUUAUCUUCUGAUUCUCACCCUUUACAAUGACAUGUAGCAAAAAAUGACUAUUAGUUGUCAUUAUAUUAUGACUUUUUCUUGUAAAAUCAUGACUAUGCUUGAAAUCCCUUUUAGGUGGCCCUUGUCUUCAUAAAACAAGAUGAUUUGAACUUAAGUGUUGCCAUUUCACUUUGAUCCUAUUUAUUUGACAGACAUGAUUUUUAAAAACAUUUUAGCGUGUGAGUAACCUGUAUGUUCACGGACCAGGUUGUGGGUUAUGCUCCGAAUUGUUGUGAAAGGGUCACAUGGUUGUGGGUUUGGUUUUGGAAAGGUGGGGCCCUACAGAAGACACCGUUCGGAAGCUUGUCCUCGGCGCUGUGUGCUGCAUAGAUCAGUUCAUUGAAACACAUUUUCAUAGCUGCACCUUCCCAAAAUCACAUGUUUUGUCUCAUCAAGAGAGACAAAAAUAUAACAUAAAAUAUUUGAACCGUGAAAAAUGACGACAACAAAGAUUCAUAACAAAUGUUUAAGUCCUCAGAUUUUCUUGGAGGAUGUUUAGGGCUUUUGUUCUGUGUACAGUUUUUCAGACAAAUUUUCUAAAUUUGGAUGGUUCCUGUCCUCUGAAACAUAAAUAUACAGUAUGUCCACACACAAUGGGUGAUGUCACGGCAGUUUGCUUUUUAGAGUCACAUAAAGUAGAAUUUUAUAAUGACAACAAUCAAUCACAGUUUUCCGGCUCGAGACACAACGCAGCCGUUUUCGUGCUAUCAUGGCAUGCUAGCUGUCCAUGCAAUACUAAGGGGAAGGAUUUUGUAGUCACUGUGGGUCUCACCCCUCACCUGGGCCUUACUGGCAAUUGGUGAGCCAACCAGGUGAGGCCAGGGGCUGCCUUGGCUCUUGUCUGGGCAAAAUCAAGAAAAAUACGUAAAACAACUUAUAAUAAAGCAAUGAUAUAUAUUUAAUCAAUGAUCUUCCUCAGACUUCUGAGGAACUCUACCAGAAGUCUGGGGAAGAGCAUUGUGUUCAAAAUUUCACUACAGUAAAUAAAAUCCUUUGAUGACAGCUUUUAAGUAGUGGAUUUUCAAAUCAUAUGAUGGGGAAUCAUUUUAUGACCGAUAUAACCUUUAGAUUGUCUCUAUUCUUAUUAUCAUAAUAAUUGUCAAUUUUAUUAUAAUUGACCAUGGCCUUAACCUUAAACCGAUCAACCCCAAAAGUUAAUCAUCUGGAUACACCCUCACGAGUAAUAUUCCCACCAAGUUUGGUGAAAAUCUGUCCAUUUGUUGUCGAUGCUUCUGGCCAUGUGAGCUCUAGGGUAUUGAUGAUUUCAGUAGUGAGGCGAGAGGGACCACUAGAUGACGUGAGGGAAGAGGUAAAUCAGCUGUACGAUCACACAGCUGAGCAGCACCUCCUAUCAUCUCUCUUUCCAUGAUGGAGAUUGUGGAGGAAACCGAACUCUGCUUCCCACAACUCCUCAACUCAUCCUGCAGGAAGCCAAAGCGUUCUUACUCUGAGGCGGUGCUCGUUUACGUCCUGCUGUCCUCCAUCGCUCUGCUCACCGCAACUCUCAAUCUGCUGGUCAUCGUCUCCAUCUCCCAUUUCAGGCAGCUCCACACUCCCACCAACCUCCUCCUCCUCUCCCUGGGUGUCGCCGACUUCCUUGUGGGCCUCCUCAUGUCCUUUCAGAUUCUCCUCACAGACUGCUGGUUUCUCAGUGACCACGUGUGCACUCUGUUUGGCGUCUUGGACUUCAUCGUUACCUCUGGGUCUGUAGGAACCAUGGUGCUCAUAUCGGUCGACCGCUAUGUAGCCAUCUGUGACCCUCUGCAUUACCACAGCAAAAUAACUGUGAGAGGAGUCGCCGUCUGUACCUGCCUUUGUUGGGCGGGUUCUGUUCUGUACAACGGUCUCAUUUUGAAGGAUAACUUCAAACAGCCAGGCAGGUAUAACUCCUGCUUCGGAGAGUGUGUGGUCCUCAUUUCCUACAGUGCAGGAGCUGCUGAUCUUAUUCUCACCUUUAUCGGACCGGUCGCUGUCAUCAUAGUUCUGUACAUGAGAGUGUUUGCUGUUGCCGUGUCUCAGGCUCGUGCCAUGCGCUCUCACAUUGUAGCCGUCACACUCCAGAGCGCUCAUUCAUCUACUUUGCUUGCAAAGAAGUCGGAGCUGAAAGCAGCCAAGACGCUCGGCAUUGUCGUGGUCAUUUUCCUGGUGUGCAUUUGCCCAUAUUACUGCUCCUCUCUUGUGGACCAGAACAGCUUGUUCAGUGUGACAACUGUGCCCUUACAGAACUGGCUGUUCUACUUUAACUCUUGUCUGAACCCACUGAUCUACGCUUUUUGUUACCCCUGGUUUAUGAAAUCGGUCAAGCUUAUUGUUUCGUUUAAGAUCCUUCAGCCGGACUCCAGCGAGGCCAGGAUACUGUAGAGAGAGAGGAGCGUGUUGUCGUUGACACGACAACUUUUCUGAGAAAAAGGAAUAAAAUUUGAAUUGAUGUCAAACAAAUAUAUAAUUUCUAGUGUAUUUUAACUCAGUUGUAAGGACAUUUUACUUUAAGUGUCUAUUCAUGUAAAGUCUACAGUAUAUAUAUAUAUAUAUAUAUAUAAUAUAUACAAUUUAUCUUCUGCCGACAAUUUACUAUAAUGUCAUCUGUUAUCUUUUUAUACAGCAGCCUCAACUUAGUGUUUCACAGGAGUUAUAGUUGUUAACAAAAAAUGAAUAAACACUUACUCACAGAGCGUUUGCAAUCCGAUGCCCAAGGCUCGACUGACUCUUUCUCUUCAUACCUCCUAAAGAGCUACUUUUUUGGAGAGACUUUCCUGAUUUGACUCAAAAUAAAAUUUCUUUGAACUUGUAUAACAACUCCCAGACUGUGUCCAAAAGUUUUUUUCAAUAUGGGAAUGUUAUUUGAGAGGUAUUUUUAAGUUUACUUUUCAAAAAGCAAACAAAGAGAUUCAAAGGAGAUGUAUUUCUUUUGUGGGGGUUAUGGAACAAUGCAAAUUUAAAUUAAAUAAUGUGAAACUCUCAUUGUUUUCAAGAAAAUGGUUUGUAAUGCUAUCUUUGAUGGUUAUGAAUGUGAAUAAUAUAUUUCCUUGUUUCUUUACCAAUAUCUUGUUUUCUUUAUUUUCUUUUUUGUUUGAGGUGGGUAAAUUAAAUAGAAAAUAGGAUAGGCAUAUAUCAGCUUUUGCUUCAGCCUAAGCCUAUUUACUGUUUGAGCUGUUUGAGCUCACAUUGUGAUAUGUUUAAAAUUAUUGUUUUUAUGAUUGUGACUGAAUAAAUAAACAAUAAACAACAA